GGUCGAAGUCAUGAACAGAUACGCCUCUUUGUGACUUACGAGAAUCAGCGUUGGUGGGUGACUGGUGGCUGGGGUCAUCACCUCUUUGCAGGGGAGCGCUCGGCCUGGAGCGACGAGUAUGGGCAGUUCUACUGUCCAAAGGAGUCCUUCCAACUCCCUAAGGGCCCAGGCCGAUGGGAGUGGACGA